AUGGCUGAAUAUUUAGCCUCUAUAUUUGGUACAGAAAAAGACAAAGUUAACUGUUCAUUUUAUUUCAAAAUUGGUGCAUGUAGACAUGGUGAAAGAUGUUCACGUGUACAUAAUAAACCAACAUUUAGCCAGACAAUUAUUAUGAAAAAUCUUUAUUUAAAUCCAUCGAACGGUGCAAAAACAGCUGAUCAAUCUGUUUCUAUAGUUGAUUCUCUUGGUAAUGGAUGGACAGAGGAAGAUGUCCAAGAACAUUAUGAUGAAUUUUAUGAAGAAGUGUUUUGUGAAAUUGAAGAUAAAUACGGUGAAAUUGAAGAAAUGAAUAUAUGCGAUAAUUUAGGAGAACAUUUAGUUGGCAAUAUUUACGUUAAGUUUCGUUACGAAAAAGACGCUGAAAGAGCUGUAAAGGAUUUAAAUAACCGAUGGUUUUCAGAAAAGCCUAUUUAUGCUGAGUUAUCUCCAGUCACAGAUUUUAAAGAAGCAAGUUGUCGACAGUAUGAAUUAGGAGAAUGUCAUCGAUCUGGAUUCUGUAAUUUUAUGCAUAUCAAACAGAUAAGUCCUGAUUUGAAGAAACGAUUACGUGACAGGCGAACACGACGCUCAUCAAGAUCGAGAAGUCGUUCACGAGAACGUCGAAAUGCCAAUUCCAAUACCAAUAAUGGCAACAAUAAUAUGAAUAAUAACAGACGACGAUGA